UCAAAGCAAAAGCGAGUUAACGAGAGAACGCAAGGCCUCAUAUACCUGUCUGAUCAGUCGUUUUGGGUUCACUCUGUCUAGAAUGGCGUACAAAUCAUGCCUAGUGGACGAUCUGUCCUGUUCUGUUUGUUGUGACAUCUUUAACGACCCUGUUAUCCUAUCGUGUAGUCACAGUUUCUGCAAGGGCUGUUUGCAGAGUUGGUGGAUGCGAAACCAGGAACAGCAGUGUCCACUUUGCAAGAGGAGAUCUUCAAAGACCGAACCACCCAGGAACAUCGCUCUGAAGAACCUGUCGGAGGCCUUUCAGCGGGAGAACGCGGAUCUCUGCACUCUGCACGGUGAGAAACUCAAGCUCUUCUGUCUCGAUGACCUGGAGACGGCGUGUGUCAUCUGUCGACACUCUGAAAAACAUGCUAACCACAGAUUCCUUCCUGUGGAUGAAGCUGCCCUGAUCCACAGGGAAGAAAUUCAGAAAUUAAUGAAACCCCAGAAGGAGAAGUUAAACGACUUCGUUGAGACCAAGAGAAAGUGUGAGGACAUGGCAGCAGACAUUAAUGUCCAGAUCGCGCACAACAAGAGACGGAUUCAAAAGGAGUUUGAGAAGCUUCACCAGCUUCUCCAAGAUGAAGAGAAGUCCAGGAUCACUGCGCUGAGAGGCGAAGAGCAGUUUGUUCAGCAGAAGAUGAACAAGGAGAUUGAGGUGUGGUCGAAGCAGAUAGAAAUAAUUUCACACACAGUCACCGAGACGGAGCUGCAGCUGGGGGCUGGAGACAUUUCCUUCCUGAAGAAGUUCAAGGCUACAAGAGAGAAAACAGCUCAGCCCCGACCCUCGCCAGCACUACCCGAGGGAGCGCAGCUGGACGUGGCCAAACACCUGGGCAACCUGGCCUACGCAGUCUGGAAGAAGCUGGAGGAGCACGUCUCCUACUCUCCUGUGAUCCUGGACCCCAACACCGCCGGCCCCGAUCUCCACCUGUCUGAGGACCUGACCAGCGUGAGACGUGGAGCGAGACAGCAGCUCCCUAAGAACAAUCAGACGGAAUAUGGCAUGCUGGGAUCUGAGUCCCUUGAAUCAGGAAUCCACACCAAGGCCUCCAGGCCCAAUUUUUAUAUGGGGGGAAAGUAGAAGAAUCAACAACAAGCCUGCACCUUAUGGCCUCACGCACAAUGCCAACUC